CAACUUGUUGUGUAUCAUAGAGGGCAGUUUUUCUCCACCCACCACAUUAACUGGCUCUUCCUCAUUCCAAACUCACAACACUAAGAAUAAGCCCCAGAAAAGAGCCUCAACUCAUUCCAAAUGGACACAUAAGACUAUCGUACAAGCUCCUUUGAGCCAUCGAUCUGCACAUUUUCAUGCAAUGGUGAUCCGGAUUGAUAUUUAUUGACUGCAGACAAGGUGAAACAAAAAUCCAGACAAAAUCUAACCACAGUAAAGGUUAAUAACAGAGUAUUGCUGGAUAUGAGGGGACCAGUCUGCUCCGUGCUUCUCCUGGUGAUUGUUCUGAUUUUGCUCAAUUGUCUUUGCUGCUUGUGUGAACACAAGUCAGUGAAUGGCAGUGUGAACACAGAGAAGAAGGGAAAGCUCAAGGUGCCUCAUCUUAUCUUUAUCAUGGUGGACGACCAGGGUUAUGGAGACAUUGGCUACCACGGCUCAGACAUCCACACUCCUGUGUUGGACCAGCUGGCGGGAGAGGGGGUCAAACUUGAGAAUUAUUACGUCCAACCUAUCUGCUCACCUUCUCGCAGUCAGCUCAUGACAGGGCGCUACCAAAUUCACACUGGACUCCAGCAUUCAAUCAUCCGAUCACGUCAGCCCAUCUGCUUGCCUCCAGACAUUCCUACGCUACCUGAACGUCUGGCUGAAGCUGGGUACGCCACACACAUGGUGGGUAAAUGGCACCUGGGAUUCUGCAGGCCAAGCUGCAUCCCUACAGGGCGUGGCUUUCAGAGUUUCCUGGGAACUCUGACUGGCAGUGGAGACCACUACUCCUAUCAGAGCUGUGAUGGAGCUGAAGCUUGUGGAUUUGACUUGCAUGAUGGAAACAGACCUGCCUGGGAGAUGAGUGGGAACUACUCCACUCUGCUCUACAUAGAGAGAGUGAAGCAGAUCCUGAGGAGUCACGAUCCCCAUACACCACUCUUCCUCUAUCUAUCCCUGCAGGCGGCACAUGCACCCCUUCAGGUACCAGAUCAUUUUCUGGACCCCUAUGAUUCCCAGACGAACCGUAACAGGCGCCAUUAUGCAGCAAUGCUGAGCUGCCUGGAUGCUGGGCUUGCACAAGUUCUCAAGGAGCUGAAGACUAAUGGGUUUUACCAAAACUCAGUGAUGAUCUACUCCUCUGAUAAUGGAGGGCAGCCACUCUCAGGGGGGAGCAAUUGGCCACUUAGGGGAGGAAAAGGCACCUACUGGGAAGGGGGUAUUCGAGCUGUGGGAUUUGUCCAUAGUCCCCUCCUAAAAAGGAAAGGUGUUGUAAGCAGAGCACUAAUCCAUGUCUCUGACUGGUAUCCCACAUUACUGGGGCUUGCUGGAGCCCUGCAGUCUCAUCACGGCCUUGACGGUCAUGAUGUCUGGGGUACCAUCAGUAAGGGUCUACCUUCUCCUCGCACUGAAAUUCUUUUCAACAUUGACCCGGUGUCCAGGAAACCCGAGGAGCCAUAUGACAAGGCAUUGGUACGCAAUGGCUUUGGGAUCUGGGAUACAGCAGUAAGGGCUGCGUUAAGGGUUGGUGACUGGAAGCUUUUGACAGGAAAUGUGGGUGACGGGGACUGGAUACCACCACAGGCUCUUACAUUUGGUCCAGAAAGGUGGCAGAAACUUGAGAAGCGGCGUAAUGAGGUGGGGAAGUCAGUGUGGCUGUUUGAUGUCAGUACCGAUCCAUAUGAGCGGUUUGACCUUGCAGAUGCUCGGCCAGAGGUGGUUAAGCAUCUGAUGAUUAGGCUGGCAGAGUACAACCAGACAGCUGUGAUGGCGAGGAACCCGCCGGAUGAUCCAAUGGCCGACCCAGAGCUCCAUGGAGGUGUGUGGAGCCCGUGGCUGGGCCUGGAGGGGCAGGAGGGAAAUAAUGUGGAAAGAAAAGAAAAAAUAUUAAAGAUUAAGUACUGUAGAUUGUGCAAAUUAAAAGCCCUCUUCAAAAAAGUAGGGUCACAGCUACAGAGGAACACCCUGUUUUAAUUGUCAUUUCUAGCAACAUUAGUCAGACUAAAGAAUUCAAUAUUGAACCAUAUUGAAUUGAAUGAUGAUGAUGAAUGAUGAAUCAAUGAUUCAACUAAAUGAGCAAAGUGUUGUCUAAAUUUUUGUAGUUAUCAUGAAUGACUGGACUUAAAUAUAAUGAUUGGGCUUCAGUUGAAAUAUGUUGUUGCAUAAUGCAGGAGAAAGUGAAAACAAAUGAGAGACAAGAACAUAAGACAGAUGGACAAGAUAGACCCACAAUCGAAUUCUGAAAGUCGACACAUGAACAGACGGCCUGAUAGACAAAGCAAACAGGACUGUGUGGCUGUCUGAGCAAACUGACUCACUCUGUCCUGCAGCCACACUGCAGCAGAGAGACUGUUGACUGUCGCUGGAAGCAAUAUGUGUCACUCUGCAUUUAUGCCUGCAUUCAGGAAUAGUUUGAUAAAAUAGAACAAGUGUGUGCAUAUGAAUGCAAGUUCUAAAUGACCUUGUUCUUUUGUCCAUACGGAUUAUACAGAUUCCCCUCUGCUCAAAGACCUCUGACCACCAUAAAAUGUCCUGUCCCUGUAGCACUGACCAGCACAGUCUCAGUAACGGAUACCAUCAGACUUUUCUGUUUAUUUAGUGGCUAAAUACAUCUACUAGCUUAUGAAAUGUGCAGAAAGUGAUCAAAUUAAUGUCAAUAAAAUAAUUAAUUAUAAAAAAAAAUCAGUGCUUGUGAAUUGUUACUGCGAAAUCUGUACAGAAAGUCAGAGAUCCUAUCUGCAUGCAUGUAGGAAAAUCUGCUUAGCUUCACAGAUCUCUUAAAGUUCUGAUUGUUUUCUAUCAUUUUAAUGGCAUGUAUAAAAAAAUUUAAAAGUUGUUAAACUCAGAUUAUGUGCCAUUGACCCACCUAUCGCCUAAAUCUCAUCACAAAAAGGGUAACUGACAAAAGACUUGACUUUGAUCCCAUAUGAUGAAUCUAGUAUGAUUCAAUAUGAACAUGAUUCCCCAAAAUACUGGUCUGAAGAAGUCACAGCUUAGACGUACGGUGUCUGAUUCAGUUUCAUGAAUUAGCCUGCUGGUGAGGCUGCUG